AGCUUGGGCUCUGAAAGACCCCCCGAGCGGACGGCGAAGGGGGUUGGAGGUCCCGGGGGUGUUUAGCAGCAGGACUUCAUGUACUCAAGUCGGACGUGUUGGCUGGUGCUGGCAGCUUUUGCAGAGGCUGGCUACAUCCAAGUGGAUUCCAAGGGUGGCAUUGCUCAAGAUCAUGGUCUGCCCAAGCCGGCGCAUUUGAAGCACCGGAGCGCUGCACGUGUCCACAGCUCUGCACACGGCCAUGGUUCUCCACAUGGCCAUGGGUCUCUGCAUGGGCACAGCUCUGCGCAUGGCCAUGGGUCUCUGCAUGGGCAUAGCUAUGCUCAUGGCCAUGGGUCUGCACAUGCCCAUACCAAGCACCAUGGGCACCACCAUGCAGGAGCGAAGUUGAAGGGCUCGGCAGAGAUGGGCGAAGGUGUCGAGAAGACAAAGAAAGAGCAGCGGAACGUGGUCCCAAUUGGCUCCUUGCAGGAGCUGAAAGCUGUGUCCAAAGCAGAUCCCUGGGUGGGUGCUGAUUGGCCACAGAAGAAGGCCAACAGCUCGCAAUACGCCAUUGGCGAGGACACUUGCCAGGACUGGUGGGACUGCGCCGGGGGAACUGCCUGUCGGAACUCCAUCGCGUCGGGCGUCUGCUUCGAGGCCAAGACCAAGGGCAGCGAUAUCCAGUUCGAUUGGAAGCUGACGGAGCCGCUGCGGCAGAAUCGCCGCUUGCGCUUCAACGUGGAGCAGUUCCAAUGUGGGAAUGGUAUGGGUGACGGUCACACGGAGCUGAAUUCGUACGAUGCCAAGGGCGGCGAGUUAGUCUGCAGUUAUUCCAUGCCAGACCAGAAGAGCUACAAAGAGCUGGAGCUGGUCGCUUGCAAGGACGCCUCCUACUUGUACUUCCGGACCACCCACUGUGAAGGGCUUCCGAGAUUUACCACGAUCACGUGGGUGAGUUGAAACGAUCCGAGAGUUGUGUUGAAA